AUGAUUGCCUGGGUGGGGCUGGAUUCCCUGUGGCCGAUCUUUGUCAGAGGUGGUAAGGAUGGCACUGAGGGUAUACACGUAGUGGUAUCACUCGAAGUGCCAGGAGAUGUGUUGACGGAUGUCAAUGUGGAGCCAACGAGGGAAGGUAACGCGUCACUAGCAGAAGUCACGACGGGCGAGGCGGGACGGGGCGUUGACGAUGUGGACGACGUGGAAGCCAUCGUUAACGUUAAAAAGGAGAAGCCGAAGAGACACAUGCAAAGCCAGCCAAAUGUUGUGGAUCUACUAUUUGCGCAGAGGCCGAUUGUAAUAAAGCCGGUCGAGAUCGGAUUCAAAAGCCUAGACGAUUCGGCUAAGUACGAGGUUGUACUGGCUAAAUCGCUCGUGGGAUGA